UUCACAAAAUCUUAAAACUCUUUUAUUAUUUUUCAACAAAAUUUCUAAGUUACAACCCUUAUAGUUUAUACCCCAAAGCCCAAAGGGCCAAAAAAAAACUCCUUGUAAGUCAUAAUUCACAAUGGCAUUGGCACAUUCCAAAGCCGAGUAUUACACCCACACCCACUUACCCCCGCACCAAAACUACGUCGUUUUGACCCCUUACUACCCGCCUUUCAACAGAAACCGUUGCCGCAUAUUCUGUACCGUUUUACUAAUCCUCUUAGCCGCCACCGUGUUCUUCUUAUGGCCGUGCAAUCCCGACGUGAAGAUCAUGCGGUUCAAACUGAACCGUGUGCAUGUCCACACGUUCCCGCGCGUGGCCGUGGACAUCUCAAUCUUCGUGACCGUUAAGGUUCGGAACACCGACGUGUAUUCUAUGGACUACGCGUUUCUCGACGUUGGUGUCGGCUAUAGGGGGAAGAGGCUUGGUCACGUGAGGUCUGAAAGUGGUCACGUGACCUCUAGAGGGUCGUCCUACGUGGACGCGGUGCUGGAAUUCGAUGGGGUCGAACUGCUGUCAGACGUGGUGUUCUUGCUUGAGGACUUGGCUAAGGGUACGGUGCCGUUUGAUACUGUCACGGAGAUUAAAGGCCACCUUGGCGUUUACAUCCUUCAAGUCCCACUAAUGGCUAAAGUAUCGUGUGAGGUGUUGGUAAAUACGGUUAAUCAGACCAUUGCCCAUCAAAAUUGUUAUGCUCGGUGACGAAUUUGAGUGCCGCACAAGGUGCCACGGAGCUAGAAGGUUCAAUGGAUGUCUUUAAGUUUCCUCAAUCUGUACAUAUUGAGACAGGUUUGGAUAUGUGCACAUUGAAAGCACAGAUAGUCCAUAAUAUUCUAGACCACAUGCCGGAUUCCUGCAUCUUCUGUUAUUAUAUGUUAUAUGUAAUGGUGGGGUGGGGGGGUUUAACAAUUAGGUUGUGAUUGUGGGGGAAAAGUGAUUUGGGUGUAAAAAUAUUUAUUCUGUUAGCCUAUUACCAGGGUUGAGUCCAUAUUUUUACUUGCUGUAAUUAUCUUUGUGAAAGUGCUUUUGGGAAUCAGGCCAUGGUUAUGACAAUGUUUUCUGAAUUCUCCA